AUGAACGAGGAUGAGGAGUAUUUUGUCCCUUUACAAGACCAACGAUACUUUGGAGCAGGCAUAAAGCGGCAGCGUGUACAAUUUGUCCGAGCGAACUCAGCGGAAGCAACUGUUCAGCCCCCGAGGCAAAAUGCUCCAUCAAGCUCUGUAGGGGACCGCUAUCUGUCCAUAGUCCUCCCGAAAUCUGCCCCAGUAACACCUCCAAAUGGAGGCACAGAAAGAGAAGAGCUUGAGCCAGCAAAUGAUCAAGAAGAGAUACCAAAAACCUGCGAAAUAUGCCAUCUGCCUUUAAAUCCUGAAUCGUCCGCUGAAUCUCACAAUACGCCUCAUGAAACUUCAAUCGCGCAUCAAGUGUGCCUAGAGCAUUCCCAUCCACCAUCUCACUUGGACCGUGGGCGACUAGGCCUAAAGUAUCUCUCCUCUUAUGGCUGGGAUCCUGAUAGCAGGCAAGGCCUAGGCUCAAAAGGCGAAGGUAUCCUAAACCCGCUCAAGGGCAAAGUCAAGAACGAUACUGUUGGAUUGGGGGUCAAGUUUUCAAAAGAUCCCAAGGUCAAUGCAGCUCAAAAGAAGCCCGCUGCCAAGCUGAACGCAAAACAAGUUCGUCAGCAAGAGGAGGAAGGGAAGAAAAGGAGGGCAAGACUACAAGAAAUGUUUUACAGAAACGAAGACCUGGAAAAAUAUCUAGGACCCGCGGCUUAA